UCCCGCUCGGUUUUUGAAUGCCCGCCCUUGUCGUCUUAGCCUACGUCUCUCGCCAACCCUCGAGAUUUUGGUAAGUAAAAUUAAAAUGGAAAAACUAAAAAGGAAAAAAAAUGUUGACCAAUUUUCAACAUCAAAAUUCAGGAGAUUAAAAGGGAAAAGAGAGAAAAACAAAAAUCACAGUGGAAAUGCAGAGACUAAUUAGGGUUAGGGUUUCAAAGCAUGGAUUCUCCUGAAACUUCUAUACCCCCAAUUUCUUCUUCUGCAACAGCCUCUACUUCUUCCCCAGUUCAAGAAUCCCCCUUUUCCAAUUACAUUAGCAGUCUGUCUCCUAUAAAGCAUGACAAGGCACCACAUGUAGCACAAAGGUUCCUGGGACUUAAUUCUCCCCCUCUUGUAUUUACAUCUCCACGUAUAAAUACUCUUAGAAGGCCUCAGUCAUCCGGCGUGGAAGUAUCUGAAAAUGGUAAAGGGGACAAGAAAAAUACCGAUGGGCCUGGGAAUUUGGAAAGAUCUGUUAGUGAAUUGCAGCAAGGAUUGGUUGCUGAUAUUAAGAAGGUGGAUGAUACCAAGGAUUCUAUGUCAGUUCAACCCAGUAGUUCCUCUGGAUGUGUUGAUGAAUACUUGGCUGACCCUGUGGAAGCAGAUUGUGCAAACUCUGCAUAUUUGGUCAACUUAAAUUUGAAACAAUCUAAUAAUGUGCUUGAAUCAUCAGCAAAUGGUUUACUAGACUCAAAGAAUUUAAAAUUUGAUGACAAAGAUGAUGUGGAGAAGGAAGUUGAUGCAGCUCAAUUGUUGUCUGGGAAGAGUGAAGAAGGCUUUGAAAGAACGUUAACCUUUGAUGUGAAGCCAUUGAAGAUUACAAAGGAGCAACAUGAUGCCCGAGGGAUAUCUGAUGAAUGCCAAAAAUUUGAGUCUAAUAUGUUUGAUCUUUCUUCUCAGGAAAAAGAAUGUAAACACUUGGACCAUCAGAUAGUGGUAGAGGGCGAUGGGGAUGGAGGUGAUGGUUUCCUUCAACUGUUGCCUGGAUCUUUGCAAAGAGUUCAGGCAUAUGAAGAUUUUGCUGAAAACAUUGAAGGAGUCACAGAUGUUCCAGUUCAUAACAUGACACACGAUUUUGAGGCUACUGAACACCAACGUGGCAUGAGUAGGCGUUGCCUUCAAUUUGGAGAAGUUCAACCAGAAUCUACAGAAAACUGCAGAAGUUCUCCAAAUCUCACAAAUGAUAUGAUCACUUCAAAAUCACUUGCUACAACUUCAGAAACAGAGGGUUUGGGUUCAUCUUAUGUGGAUUUAAGUGCUACAUCAAGAAAGAGGCAACUGGUUAACUUGUCCCAAUUGGCAAUGAACAUGAUUCCACAGCGCUGUGGUGAAAGGUCUUCCUUAACUGUUUCCAAGCCGUCAGGUAUUGGCUUACACCUAAACAGCAUUGUUAAUGCUAUACCAAUGGAUCUAGGUGGAACUGCAAGCAUGAAAUGGGCAGUGGAUUCUAUGGGUAUACAGGGGAUAAAAUCAGCAUCUAUUACGAGCUGUCAGUCAAUGGAAAACAUGGAGGAUUGCUCAGAUGCAUUUGAGAAAGUAUCAGCUGCUCCUCAGGAUGGAACACUUGAAGCAAAGGUCUGCAUGAUUGCAGGUUCUGCUGGUUCUCAAUCACUCUGCACCAUGGAAUCAAUCGAGUGUCACACAACUCUAAACACAAAGAGCUCAGAGGAUGAAGAUAAUAAUGAGGUGUUUAACCAACAAAGUCCUAAAAAGAAAAGGAAGAAGAUAUCAAACAGCUCAGAUGGUGAGGGUUGCAAGCGUUGCAAUUGCAAGAAGACCAAAUGCUUGAAACUCUAUUGUGAUUGUUUUGCUGCCGGAAUCUAUUGUGCUGAACCUUGUUCCUGUCAAGGUUGCUUCAAUAGACCUGAGUAUGAAGAUACAGUACUUGAAACACGUCAACAAAUUGAAUCUCGUAAUCCACUAGCAUUUGCUCCCAGGGUUGUACAGCCAUUGACUGAGGUUCCGGAAGACGGAAACUGGAAGACGCCAUCCUCAGCAAGACACAAAAGAGGGUGCAAUUGCAAAAGGUCAAUGUGUCUGAAAAAAUAUUGUGAAUGCUAUCAGGCUAAUGUUGGUUGCUCCAUUGGAUGUCGAUGUGAGGGGUGUAAAAAUGUCUAUGGCAAGAAAGAAGAUUAUUGUUUGACUGAAGAAAUAGUGAAAAGGGGUGGCGGGGAGCUAUCAGAAAGAAGAGUGGCAGCUAAGAAGGAUUUCUUGCAUUCUGAGUUGUGUGAUCCAUACUAUCUUACACCUCUGACACCUUCAUUCCAAUGCUCAGAACAUGGAAAGAAGGCAUCAGUAUCCAGACAUCUUUCCAGGAGAUGCCUUCCAUCACCUGAGUCUGAUCUCACCAUCUCAAACAUGCUUGCUGAUGAAUGCCAUCAGACUUCACUGCCAAAUCAUCCCUCGAUUAUUAUGGGUUCGUCAUCAUCUAAAGCAAGGGAAUUGACAAGUCUUUCACAAUUCCAGUUGGGCCCUAGAAGUGGUUGUUUUGCUUCAGGGGGUUCCCUUCAGUGCAGUUCAUCUAUUACACCAAUGUCUCCUUUAGAUGCGACUAAAAAUCUUCAGGGGCUUGACUCUGGUGGUGGACUUUAUGGCAUUUUGGAGGAUGAUACACCAGAGAUAUUGAAAGACACUUCUACGCCCAUUAAGUCUGUGAAAGCAAGUUCCCCAAAUGGCAAGCGAGUUUCACCUCCUCACAAUUUGCAUCAGCUUGGGUCAAGCUCUUCAGGAUCAUUAAGAAGUGGUCGUAAGUUCAUCCUAAAAGCUGUGCCUUCUUUUCCACCGCUCACUCCUUGCAUUGAUUCAAAAGGCAGCAGUAAUCAGAGUAGAAGCAAUCUUCAAGAAAAUAGUAGCAAUGAUUAAUUGCCAAACCUGCACUUUGGACAACUACAUUGGGUAUUUUCGUGUUGGUUUUUUGUAUUUGAGCUUCAGAGAGCAGUAAGCACCUUGCUCUGAAAAAUUUACACCUUUAAGGUACUAAAGUGGCCAUAUUUUCAAGUAGCAGACUAAUUCCCAGAAAGAGAUUGCUUCUGCCUUAUGAUCCGUAGUCUUCUUUUCUCUAUUUCUCUUUUCAGUCUUAUAGUUUUUUAUUUGGAUGUUUCUAAUCCAAGCCAAGUAUGUUUCAUUACUCAUAAUUAGAGGAAGGACUCACCAAACAUGUUGCCAUUCAACUGUGCGAAAAUAAAAUUUUGGUUUAUCAAAACUAAUGCCUUUUUUCUUGUAUUUUUUUAUAAGAUAUCAAAGCUACUGUUCAAUAAGUCUUCGUUGUCAUUUUCCAAACCUGUAUGCAUCAUCAUUGUGUUUUAGCCACGGGUAGAUUAUUUACCCGCAACAUAGUUGACAUUAAUUCAAGCACCAUAAAUAUUGCCCUUGAAUCUGAAACCAUGAUGGGGAAUGUACUGUUUCACUCUGCAGUAGCCAUAUAUAUAUAUACUGAGUAAUUAAGUGGCGACUGUUGAGUUAGUCUUGUAGAAUCAUGAAGUUUUAUUUGAAAUGUUAAAUCUUAUCUUUAUCAUUAGUUGUCAUCGAUUUAAAGAUUCGAGCACCAAAAAUAUGAAACUCAAUGAAACCCUAGAAACUUGGUUUUGACGUUGGAUGGUUGAACUACUUCCAGAAUGACAUUGUUUACUAUAGAAAUUUUUAUUCAGGCAAAUGUCUCCGGAUAAAGAGAAAGUUUCUGUAAAUUGCUACACUAAUAAAGAGUCCAGGCAAAAGCCUGAGAAAGAUCACACGAUAUAUAGUCUUGGUUGA